AAAUCGCAAAUUCGUCUUCCCUGCCCAUCUAUCGCUUGGACACCUCUGCAAGGGAGCACAUGGCUCUCGAGAAGGCCAAGGAGAUCAUCGCGUCCUCCCCGGUCGACCUAGCUCUCCGAAAGGCCAAGGAGACCGUCGCCUCCCACCCCGUCGUCGUCUUCAGCAAAACUUACUGUCCUUUCUGCACCCGAGUGAAACAAUUGCUAGCAAAGUUGGGGGCAAGUUACAAGGCUAUUGAGUUGGAUGUGGAAAGUGAUGGCGCUGAGCUGCAGUCAGCUCUCGCUGAAUGGACUGGCCAGAGAACUGUUCCCAAUGUCUUCGUGAAAGGGGAGCGGAUUGGUGGCUGUGACGCAACCAUGGCGAUGCACGACGGUGGGAAGCUGGUGCCUCUGCUCACCGAGGCUGGAGCAAUUGUCACUGCCAGGGCUACUGCAACUACUACCACUCCGUCUUUGUAGACAUGUUUUACAGCGCUGUUCCGCUCGCUUCGUGGCUAUAUGCAAGUGUUGUACGGAGUACUAAACUCAUACGUGGUAAAAGAUGAAUAAAGACUUAAACAUUUCUUUC